ACUCAUAAUUAAUGAUUAACAUGGUGAGACACACUUCAAGAUCACGAGUCUAGACUACCCAAGCGUGGGGAAGCCCUGACUUCGGCGGCGGGGAUCAACCACGUGGCCGAUGCGCUCGAUUACACUAAUGACGACAUCGUCUGGAUUAUCGACACGAACUACCAGGGAAUCUUUCAUACCGCCACGGCUGCGGGGCGGCAGAUGCGGGCCCAUCGCACCCCGCGGAUCGAUUCCGCUGGUGGCCAGGAUGGGCGGGUUGACCGCUAACAAGGGGAUGAACUCGUCCAUCUGUAAGUACUCCAAGGCGGCGGAUGUGGAUGCUGAUAGGAAUGGUGGGGUCAGGGUGAAUACCCCCUGUCCGAGGCAUGUGGUCACUCCCAUGGCGCAGAUGGGAAUCGACCAGGACCCUACUACGAAGGAGGUCUGGGAGGCGGAGAAUAUGACGGGGAGUUUGGGGCGGCCGGAUGAUCUUCGUGGGCUGGCGUUGCUGCUGAUGAGUGAGGGCAGUAGGUUUAUAACUGGGGCGACGGUGGUUUAUGAUGUGGGGGGGGGCAUACCGCCUGGUAGGGGUGUCUUUGGGUGGGAGAGGUGUCAUUGUGGGCAGGCUAUUAGGCCUUCUUCUGGGGAGAAGAGAAGUGCUCUGGUG